AUGGACGCAAACGAAGCUAUUGCACUGCUACAGCCUUAUUCCUCAUGCGAUAUAUCCGAUGCUCUACAUAGACUGCCGUCGAGUGACUUUGGACAACUUACUGACAUCCAUCUAAUUUCUCCUUCUCCACUUACUCAUCCUGACACUCGUAUUUGUGGACCUGCAUUUACUAUCGAGUUUGUCAAGAGCCAUGCCAUCACUACCAGUACCACAAGCAAGCUGCAUCACAUGGAUAGGGUACCAGAAAACAGUGUGGUAGUUAUCAAGGCUCCAUCUGGUCCCAACGCUGUUUUUGGAGGGUUAAUGGCAGCAAGAGCAAUGGCUCUUGGAGUGAAAGCCGUUGUUGUUCAUGGUCGAGUACGAGAUCGCAAAGAGCUGGCCGAGUAUGGAUCAUCAUUGCCAGUAUUUGCAAAUGGAUUCUCUACGCUAGGUGCUUCCCCUUUUAUGAAAGUGGGGAGUAGCGAUCAUAUUGGUGAUGGUGUGGGUGGUAGUGUAACAGUGCCUGGAUACGAUUCAUCUGAUAUAGGUUAUCCAGCAGUUGUGGUAGCUACUGGGGAUUUGAUUGUAGCAGAUAUCGAUGGAGUUGUGCGAGUGCCUAUUUGUCAUGUUAUGCAGAUUGCUCAGAUAUGUAAGCAGCUGGUGACAGCAGAUGCUCAUUGUAUGGAUGAUAUCAAGACGGGCCGGUCAUUAACGGACGCAUUUGCCGAGCAUCGAAAACGACCGCUUCAGCAAUGA